GCGGCGAGGCCGAAAGUUUCUCUGCCCGCCUAGUCCAGCGAGCCGGAGCCGCGAGCAGCCGCGGUACCCGCCCGGCCCGGCAGCUCUGGGAGAAGAAAGACGGGAGCGCAUCGCAAAACGCACUGAAAAAAAAAAAACCCUGAAGUCAGCCCCAGGCGCAGGGGCAGGUCUCGGCUCUCCCGGGCUCUGUGAGGCUUCUGCUAUGACCGCAGCCUCUUCGCGGAGCCAGGACUGCCACAGCCACGCCAGGUGCCCCGCUCUGCCCUGCCUGUCCCCGGCCCCGCGUCACCAUGGGCAGCGUCAGCAGCCUCAUUUCCGGCCACGGCUUCCACAGCAAGCACUGCCGGGCCUCCCAGUACAAGCUGCGCAAGUCCUCGCACCUCAAGAAACUCAAUCGGUAUUCAGACGGGCUGCUGAGAUUUGGCUUCUCCCAGGACUCGGGUCAUGGCAAGUCGAGCUCCAAAAUGGGCAAGAGUGAAGACUUCUUCUAUAUCAAGGUCAGCCAGAAGGCCCGGGGCUCCCACCGCCCCGAUUACACUGCACUGUCCAGUGGGGACCUAGGGGGCCAGGCCGGGGUGGACUUCGGCCCGUCCACCCCACCCAAGCUCAUGCCCUUCUCCAACCAGCUAGAAAUGGACUUGGAGAAGGGUGCUGUGAGACCCACGGCCUUCAAGCCGGUGCUGCCACGGUCGGGCGCCAUCCUCCACUCGUCCCCCGAGAGCGCCAGCCACCAGCUGCACCCCGCGCCUCCAGACAAGCCCAAGGAGCAGGAGCUGAAGCCCGGCCUGUGCUCCGGGGCGCUGUCUGACUCCGGCCGGAACUCCAUGUCCAGCCUGCCUACUCACAGCACCACCAGCAGCUACCAGCUGGACCCGCUGGUGACGCCGGUGGGGCCCGCCAGCCGAUUUGGGGGCUCGGCCCACAACAUCACUCAGGGCAACAUCCUCCAGGACAGCAACAUGACGAGCCUGAAGGCCCUGUCUUUCUCCGACGGGGGCAGCAAGCUGGCCCACCCGAGCAAGGCGGACAAGGGCUCCAUCCGCUCCCCCAUCUCCACGGACCAGUGCACCAUCCAGGAGCUGGAGCAGAAACUGCUGGAGAGGGAGGGUGAGCUCCAGAGGCUGCACCGCAGCUUUGAGGAGAAGGAGCUGGCUGCCAGCCAGGCCUACGAGGAGCGACCGCGGCGCUGCAAGGACGAGCCGGAGGGGCUGGAGCCCAAGGGCAAGCUGAAGUCCGCGGCACAGAAGAGCCAGCGCGCCCAGCAGGUGCUGCACCUGCAGGUGCUCCAACUCCAGCAGGAGAAGCGGCAGCUGCGGCAGGAGCUCGAGAGCCUCAUGAAGGAGCAGGACCUGCUGGAGACCAAGCUCAGGUCCUAUGAGAAGGAGAAGACCAGCUUCGUCCCCGCGCUGGAGGAGACCCAGUGGGAGGUGUGCCAGAAGUCUGGCGAGAUCUCUCUCCUGAAGCAGCAGCUGAAGGAGUCCCAGACGGAGAUCAACGCUAAGGCGAGCGAGAUCCUCAACCUGAAGGCACAGCUGAAGGAUACGCGGGGCAGGCUGGAGGGCCUGGAGCUGAAGACGCAGGACCUGGAGAGCGCGCUGCGCACCAAGGGCCUGGAGCUGGAGGUCUGCGAGAACGAGCUGCAGCGCAAGAAGAACGAGGCGGAGCUCCUGCGGGAGAAGGUGAACCUGCUGGAACAGGAGCUGCUGGAGCUGCAGGCCCAGGCCGCCCUGCCGCGGGGCCGGGACACGGCCGCCCUGGGGCCUGCCUCCGCCGUCCCCGAGGACGUGCCUGCUCUGCAGCGGGAGCUGGAACGGCUGCGGGCCGAGCUCAGGGAGGAGCGGCAGGGCCACGACCAGAUGUCCUCGGGCUUCCAGCAUGAGCGGCUGGUAUGGAAGGAGGAGAAGGAGAAGGUGAUCCAGUACCAGAAGCAGCUGCAGCAGAGCUACCUGGCCAUGUACCAGCGGAACCAGCGCCUGGAAAAGACACUGCAGCAGCUGGCCCGCGGGGAUGGUGCAGGGGAGCCCUUUGAGAUUGACCUCGAAGGAGCUGACAUCCCUUACGAGGACAUUAUCGCCACCGAGAUCUGAGGGGCCUCCUGGGACGGAGCCGGGGACCUGGCAUUGGGAGGCAGGGGUGCUGAGCCCGUCAGUGGGGGCUCCCCUCCCCAUCUGCCCUGCUCAGGCCUCUGAGAGAAGCACAGACCUCGAGGGGAGGGGAGGGGAGGGGCUGCUACACGGCCUCUCCCCGCCUUUCCCACGUUCCAGUGCUUAGCACCCCUGCAGCCUGCCAGACCUCUAGCUUUGCCAAGAGAUGAGUCCCCGGAUCUACGUCAUUUGGUUAAGGGCUCCCUAAACCUUGGCCUUUGUUCAAAAUACUUAGAGUUACCCUCUCCCAGCGAGGGUGGUGACCACCAUGAAGGCCAGUGGCCUCCCCAGGAUGGAAGCUCCCUUCCACCUCUCUUCCCACAACUUCUUUUCUCGCUCCCCCUCUUUGCACAGCCCCCCUGCCCCCCUGGCCCCCAGCACAUUGGGAUGCCUUGGGAAUAGAACACAAGCAUUGGUGACCAGAAGCUUUGGAAUCUGACCUGGUCGUAACCUGAGCUAUCUUCCCCUGGCCACAGAGGGGUAGGGGUUGGAGUGAGGUGUGGAGAACGUGACUUAGCAACAUCAGCGCUUCCUGACCCUGGCAGGCCACAGAAAGGAGGGGAGAGCUGGGCCAGCCCAGGAUUAUCUAGACUCAGCAAGACCCAGAGUGGGUCAGAGAGAGAAGCUAGGUAGUAAUGGCCAGUUCCUGUUGGCCCUGCUGACCAGAAAUGAGCAGCCUCUGGAUGGCUGGUGGCCUUUGACAUCUGUGACUACUCUUCUUAAAGCCA